CAUAGUUAUCCGGGGAUAUUUGGGUUUUGAUCCCCAUUUUCCAACCAAUUAAACUAAUCUUCUUGGAUUCGUAUUAACUAUGGCGACCGUUGUUCCACCGCCGAGCAAGAGGCAACGAACCGAAGCCGCCAACAGAGCCAGAGAGCAGCAAGACAUUGAGGAAAUCCCCAGCGAUGCGGGGAGCUUGCGAUUACAGUUCUUCGAUGAAACUACCGGUCUUCCAAUAGGCGAUGGGCCUGUACUGGUUCCAGUAGCUGAUGCAAACCCUAAGAAUCUGGAGCUCCUCCUGAACACUCUACAAGGACAUGAUCCAUCCGAACAUAUCCCUUAUCGAUUCACACUCCCUGUCUCCGACAAGAAGAAUCCCGAACCUGUCACAACCGCCUUUCCUACCAACAUAUGGAAGACUCUGAUAUCGCCUGGUCUGAUAAGCACAGAAGAGGUACAGAACAUUUCGGCUGCACCGCAGGCAGUAUUCCGGGUACGAGCAGUGUCAAGAUGUGCUUCUACGAUACCCGGUCAUGGCGAAGCGAUAUUAGCAACGCAAUUCUCCCCAAGAAGUUCAUCGAGGAUGGUCAGUGGUAGCGGAGACAAUACGGCACGCAUUUGGGACUGCGAUACUGGAACUCCAGUGCACACAUUGAAGGGUCAUACCAGCUGGGUCUUAGCAGUGAGUUGGUCACCGGAUGACUCAAGGAUCGCAACUGGGAGCAUGGACAAUACGGUUCGCAUGUGGGACCCAAAGACCGGCAAGCAAUUAGGGAAUCCCAUGAAAGGGCACACGAAAUGGGUGACGAGUCUUGCGUGGGAGCCGUACCACGCACAGAAGCCGGGUGAACCACGGUUAGCUUCUGCCUCGAAGGAUGGCACAGUGAGGAUAUGGUCAACCAACCAACAGACUAUCGAGAUGGUGCUGAGUGGGCAUAAGGGCUCGGUAUCAUGCGUGAGAUGGGGCGGUACUGGCUUUAUCUAUACGGGCUCGCACGACAAGACCGUGAAGGUCUGGAAUGCGAAGGAUGGAACCCUGGCACACUCUCUCAAUGCGCAUGCGCAUUGGGUCAACCACCUGGCGCUCUCCACCGAUUUCGUGACUCGGACAGCGUACCACGACCACACGGGGCAGAUCCCAGAUUCCGAGGAAGCCAAGGUCGCGAAGGCGAAGGAGCGGUUCUUAAAAGCCGCGACGAUCCAGGGAGAAGUCAUCGAGAGGCUUGUCUCAGCAAGCGACGAUUUCACCAUGUAUCUGUGGGAGCCUGCAAAAGGGACCAAGCCAGUAGCGCGAAUGCUCGGCCACCAAAAGCAAGUCAACCAUGUGACGUUCUCGCCGGAUGGCUUACUGAUAGCGUCCUCUGGAUUCGACAACCAUACGAAAAUCUGGAACGCGCGAGACGGGAAAUUCAUCAACACGUUGCGAGGACACGUGGCACCUGUCUACCAGUGUGCCUUCAGUCCCGAUUCGCGGUUGUUGGUGACUGGGAGCAAGGACACGACGUUGAAGGUGUGGGAUAUGCGGACGCAUAAACUCUCUGUUGAUCUGCCAGGGCAUAAGGAUGAGGUGUAUGCUGUGGACUGGAGUCCGGAUGGGCAGAAGGUGGGAAGUGGUGGGAAGGACAAGGCAGUACGUAUCUGGAGACAUUAGAUGACCACAAAAUAAGAGACUUGAUUGAAAGAAAGCAAGCUUGAUGUUUACCGCUUUUUUUUUCCCCGCGCUGUUAUGGAGGAACUUCAGUGAAGAGUCAUGACUAGGAGCGGCCCAUAUAUCAAACUGGUAUGCAGUACCUCUAGGUCAGGUGGUGAACCAUUUUAAGGGAUUGUGGGAGAC